CCGCCUCGAGACUCUCGUCGUCGCCCACCGCAUCAAUGGCCACCGUCGAACUUGCUGCAACAUACGCCGCUCUCAUCCUCGCCGACGAUGGCGUUGAGAUCACCUCUGACAAAAUCGUCGCACUGACAACCGCGGCAAAUGUUGAGGUCGAGCCAAUCUGGGCCACCCUCCUCGCAAAGGCGCUCGAGGGCAAGAACGUAAAAGACCUCCUUUCCAACGUCGGUGCUGGUGGUGCUGCACCAGCUACUGGUGCAUCAGCAGCGGCUGCGGGUGGUGCUGGUGCCGCAGCGGAGGCACCGAAGGAGGAGGAGAAGAAAGAGGAGGAGAAGGAGGAAUCGGACGACGACAUGGGCUUCGGUCUCUUCGACUAGUGUCUUCUCUUGCAUUCGUAUCAUCAUCUGUACCUCUUGUCAUGCUGUAAUGACACGCAUCCGACCAUCCACAGGCGGAGUCCCAGAAUGCCUUGGUUCGUUGGUGGAA